UCGCCGCUUCGCCGCGCUGCGCAAAAUGCUUUCGAACAGCUCCACUUUAUUCUACUUUACCUGCUCUCUGUUGCUCUACUAUGCAUUUUUGUCGGCGUGGAUCUCUACAUGUGAACUUUAUUAGACAAGAGUUGAAUGUGCCGCAACGGUGAGCCCGUUUGACAUCAAAGUUGACACUAAUGACCAAAAGCGGGAUUUUGUGUGCGUUCAAGCCAACAAACAAGUAGGCUGCACUGUGGUCAUGGACUAUGGAGGCUUUAAGUCUCUCCGUGAACGCCGUGUCCCACACCGUGGCGGCUGAGCUGAGCCCAACCGAUGACCCGUUCAGCGGACCCAUCAGGAACAUCGCGCCAUGGAACUUCACCAUCUUGGCACUGCUCAUGUUUGUGGUCACCUCGCUGUCCCUGAGCGAAAACUUCCUGGUCAUGUUUGUCACAUACAAGUUCAAACAACUCAGACAGCCGCUCAACUACGUCAUAGUCAACUUGGCCAUAGCUGACUUUCUGGUCUCCCUCACCGGAGGACUCAUAAGUUUCCUGACCAACGCCAGAGGUUAUUUCUUCUUGGGCCAGUGGGCUUGUGUGGCGGAAGGCUUUGCUGUCACUUUUUUCGGAAUCGUGGCCCUGUGGUCCCUGGCCGUUCUGUCUUUCGAGCGAUUCUUCGUGAUCUGCCGACCUCUGGGCAACAUCCGACUGCAAGCCAAGCAUGCCGUCAUGGGUCUCCUCUUCGUCUGGACCUUUUCCUUCAUUUGCACCUUCCCUCCAGUGUUGGGCUGGAACAGAUACACUGUCAGCAAGAUUGGAACAACCUGUGAGCCUGACUGGUAUUCAUCCACCUUCACCGACCAUAGCUACAUCAUCACUUUCUUCACCACCUGUUUCAUUCUGCCUCUUGGACUGAUCUUCUUCUGCUAUGGGAAGCUCCUGCAAAAGCUCAGAAAGGUGUCCCAUGGUCGUCUGGCCAGUGUCAGGAAGCCUGAGCGUCAGGUGACGCGUAUGGUUGUAGUCAUGAUUAUAGCAUUCAUGGUGGCAUGGACACCAUACGCAGUCUUCGCCAUACUAGUCACAGCUCAUCCAACCAUUGAAUUGGAUGCCAGGUUGGCUUCCAUCCCGGCAUUCUUCUCCAAGACUGCUGCGGUGUAUAACCCAAUCAUCUACGUGUUCAUGAACAAACAGUUCAGGAAGUGCCUCAUCCAGCUCUUCACCGGCAGGCUGGCCAUGCCAGACAGCCAAAUGAACCAGACGUCAGCACGACCCGGAACUACUGCGGAGAGUCAGCUAGGAGAAAUGACCACCAUUGCAGCCCGCAUCCCUGUGGGUGGUACAGCAUCGCCCAGGUCUGAAGUGUCUCCGACUGACUGCAGCUCCUUUGCCCAGCUGCCCAUCCCUGAGAACAAAGUGUGUCCGAUAUAACAGCAAGCCUACACAUAGCAGGUCUACUACAACAUUCAUUUUCUUUGCACCUUUGGCCUGAUUUGUUUUAAUUGUUGGGAGAAAGGGAUUGGAUGGCGAUAAGAAGGCCAACUUUUUUUGUUUCACUUUUGUAUUUCACUUGCAUUUGCAAAGUCCAAAAGCAAAGGAAGCGCGAUGUUCAAUCACAUUGCAGCCGUUUGCUCGGUAUUUGAUUUGAAUAAACCCCAAAGAUGGAACUGUGCAUUUAGAAAUACUCAGUGCUUUACCAAUUAGAUUCCUUGUAAAUAUGAGUUUGCCUUAAUUUGUUUGUGUGGCUGGUGGCUAUGUUUGGUGUCCUGUUUUCCAUGCCUGCACACCUCGUAUGCCACAAAAUAACAACACGCACUUUAUUCGACUUGAUAGCAUCAACCUACACGCGGUAUCUCCACGCGAACAGACUUUCGCCAAAUCACGGCUAGUCUGUACUUUUCGAGUAUCACAGUGCAGCCUUUCAUUUCCUCCGCUGCCUUGGUCUUUUGAGCCCUGAGACAAAGCCUGUGGAGGAAAGCAUUGUUUUUCUAUGCUGUUUCACUACUUUUACUUUGGCAGUCUUCAUUCAUCAAAAAGUCAAAGCCCCUUUUCUGAAUUUGGAUGGGUAAACAGGCGAGGACGAUGCUUUCAUCCUCACUGAAGAUGGUCAGUGGAAGAUGCCCUGAUUGGCUCCACUGCUGGGCAAUAUAUUCAUGCAGUGAAAACAACAGGUCAACAAGCACACAAUAAACACCCUCCUGCACUAUAUGGACAACAGUAUUGAGACACAUCCAUAUCCAUAAACCUAAAUUUGAAUUUUUUACAGUUUGAGGGAGGUCCUUUUCUGUAGCCCACUGGCUUUCCUUUUCUUUGGGGCACCGCCCCUUGAGAGACGUAGUCAAGUACAAAAAGUUAACUAACAAGCGAUGUUCUUCCUCAGUGAGGCUGAGCAGGCACACACUUUUCUUCUGCCACAAGUGAGGCACAGACUGCAUUCCUGCAUUGCGGCACAGCGCGUAUUCAACGCUGUAGCUAGUUCUACAAGUGUCCUGUUUAAGGGUCAAAAUUAAGUUUGAACAAUUGGAGAAUGUUCGUAACCACAAAAUAUCGUAACACGGAAUUUUGUAAACCUAGGACUACCUGUACGGAUUUUGUUGUAUUUUUGAAGGUUACAGUUUCAAGGUCAGUCUCUAAAACCUUUGAUUAUGCUUCUGCAUCGAGGCGCUAAUGUACGCUACACUACGUCAGUUCUCUCAUCCCUCUGCAAAGACUCUUGCGUAGCGUGACGUACAUCCCCCCAAAAAUAUAACCUUGCGUAGAACGUUCUACACUGGUCACUAGGUGUCAGUAAUGUUACUAUAAUGUUGGGUGAGACACACAAGAACCAGACUUCAUCGCGGGAACAACAUGCAGGUUAUUGCAGCUUUGAAUUAUCUCACAACAGGCACAAUGAUCCUUAACACGGGCUACUGUUGCGGCCGUAAACCACGUCAGGCUAAAACUCAACUCUGAGCCCCCAGUGUCACUUUGUGUCCGGCACCCACUCAGGUCCCCUCGCAAGGGAACACAUUUACAGCAACACACAUGAGCACAAGUCUUAUUUGUGUCUUAAAUGGCUUAUUUUAUGUUAUUAUGGGUAGUACGAGCGUAAAGGUUAGGGAUGAUACUCGUUUUAGACGAGUACUCAUUACCGAUAAUGCAUUUUUGCAGAGUACUAGCAUGAAACGAGUACAGCUCAUCAUUAUCCAUAAUGAUGAUGAAGGAAAAUCCUCAUUGGGCAACUACUUUUGUAUUCACUCUUCAUGCUCUGUGAUUGGCCAGUCACACACAGUGACUGCCCCUCCCGAGACAGACUCCCUACAGCCAGAGAGAGGAGUUCGUGGUGAAUUUGACAAGACAGAGUUGAAAAGGCUCAUGCCGUGUUGGUCGCUGCCUCCACUCCGGACAUUUUUUUUUUAGAUUUUCCCUCAGCUCGUAUCUAAAGUUGCUUGGUGAACUUGUUUUGCAUACGCGAUGCAUUUGACAAGACAGAACUGUAAACAGCUCAUGUUGCGUCGGUCACUGCCAUAUUUUUUUAUUUUUUUUGUGUGCUUGCUUCUAAUUUGGCCGGUGAUAUAAAGUCAGUUGGAAAACUUUGCUCGUAGUACUGAAAGUGGUGCUUUUGAGAAAACUACAGUGAACAAGGCUGACAGAUUAUUUCCCUGUUUGCCAUCGCUGGAUGUUUGCAUGAAUCACCAACUUCACACAGAUCAUUAAAAAAUAAUGAAAUAAUAAAUGCUUACAGAUCACUUGCAUACAGUACAUACACAGUACACAUAUACAGUAGCUGAAUAAUAAACAAUACAGUAAAUAUAGCAACCUCUGAUCAAUCCAUGUCAAUUUCUGACUUAAAAUAAUAUACCGAUUUAAGCCCCACAGAUUUCUGGUUAAACCACGCCCACUUUCGGAGUAUGCCCCGCACACUCUUAGUACAGAUACGGAUACAGAUCAUUCACAUGGGUGAACAGAUACAGAUACAGAUAGUGGUGUACCUGCUCAUCCCUAGGGCGUUAUUUCAGGUCUAGACCUUUGGGAUGAGCCAGGCUAUUGACUUUGGACCUCACAAAUGGUUAACUGAUUGAAUUGCAUUCGUAACGAGGGAAUCUACUUUCUCUUUUUUUUAACAUUUACAAUCCCUGCCAGUGUACCAAUAAUUUUGUCCAUAUAAUGUAUCCAUGCACACAGUUCAACGGCAACAUAGUCUUUUUUUGAAUGUUUCAAACAAUACAAGCACAGUGACAGCAAUGUACAAAUGCAAUGAAAUAAUCAGCAUCGCAAGCACAGGUAAACAGCAAUACUAGAGUUAAAAUAUCCUCACACAGGCCAACACCUCAGCAGAAGGAGAGAUGUAGCAGCGUGUUUGUUUUUUUUUUACUUGCGUUUGUGGUGCAUGUUUGUGGACUAUGUCCAACCCAAGGUGGUUGGCUGUGUUAUACAAGUGAGCGUACGGUGUUUGUAGUGAACUGACUUUAUGUUAUCAGGUAGGAGAAAACUUUUAGUGUCAGUGAAUCUGUGACAAAUGUGUUGCCUUGUCAUGAUUAACAGUAAAACAAACCUUGGUGAAUGUAAAUUGUAAUUGAACACAAUUUUACGGGACCUUUUAGGAUUGUUCACAAAUAUACUCUACUGUCAGUGAUCAUAGUUGUUGUCCUGAUUGGUUUUUAGUUUCACUAUCAUUUACAGUGCAGUGUUCAUUUAGUAUAGGGGUGUCCAAAGUGAGGCCCGGGGGCCAUUUGCCUGCGCUGUUUUUUUUUUUACUCCUUUCUAAAAACACAAUUUAACAUCAAAACAAAAAAAGAAAACAGCAAAAAUGGGAAAAUCACCAGUAAUUUUACAGGAAUAUUUUACAAGAACCAAGCCAAAAUACUAUGAAAAAAGUCGUAAUUUCAUGAAAAUAUGAGGAAAAAUAUUAUCAUAUAUCAUUUUAGUAGCGUACAGUUGAAUAGUAAAGAAAAAUAAGCUAUUUAUUUUUUUAUGAGAAACGAAAAAACAACCAAUACAGGUGUAAUUUUUGGAAAAUUAGGCAGCGGAAAAAGUAAUAAUGUUCCGACAGUGAAGUCAACAUAUUGUUAGAAUUGAAAUGAAAAAGAAGAAAAUUGAAAUGAAAGCUGAAAUGUAAGAAAAAAGCAGAAAUGGAAAAACAGCUGUAUUUUUAUGAGAAUAAAGGCAAAAUAGUAUCAGAAAAAGGAAGUAUACUAAUGAGAAAAAAGGUUGCCUUUUAUUUAAAAUAAACUCCCAAUAUUACGAGAAAAAAAGCAGCACAGAGUUAAAAUAUUAAUGAAAAUAUAUGUUAUGUUUUUUUAAAGUCAUAAUGUGAGAAACAAACAAAACAAAAUAAAGUUGUAAUUUUUGGAAAAUUAGGUUGGGGGGAAAUGUAAGGUGGGAAUAAAUGUAAGUAUUAUGGAAAUAAAGUGGUAAUAUUACAAAAAGAAAAUGUACAUGGAUUAUAUAAGAGGAAAGUUGAUAUAUUUGGAAUGGGGAAAAACAGGGAAAAAAGAGCAAAGGCCGAAGUUCCACUUAUAUCACAAAGCUGAGAUGCAGUUUUUUCUUGAAAUAUGUAUAACUUCUUAGCAUGUGUUUGUGUGUGUGUUGCUUGUGUUGGUUUACAAAAUAUCAAAGUGGCCCUUGCAUCCUUUAAUUUUUCAGUAUGUGGCCCUCGGUGGAAAAAGUUUGGAUACCCGUAAUUUGGAACAUUAUAUAAGGACAACAAUAAUAGAAAGAUUGUGGUUAAUGAGGAAGAAAAUAUUCCCCCACUGAUCCACCCUGUCAUCCAAUGAUUAUUUGCCUGCCCAAACACAUGACGCAUGACAUCACAGGGUACGCGCCUCUUUUGUUUUGUUUGUAUGUAAUCAAGAUGUCUGGUACAAGUGCUGUACAAGUAGAACAAGAGCAUGAUGGAAACAAAGUAUACAGCAAAUUGUGUAGCCUAAGCAUUUUAGCUUAUUAGGUAAUUUCCGCAAGUAUUUGAAAUGUUGUGCCAUGUUGUGCCAUCAAUUGUAUUAUCACUUGUAAAAAGAUAGUAACACAUAAUAGGUCCCCUUUAAGAACAUUUUUCCGUUGUAGGAUUGAAUGCCCAACAGUAUACAGUGGUGUGAAAAAGUCUUUCCCCCAUUCCUGAUUUCUUAUUUUUUUGCAUGUUUGUCACACUUAACGUGUUUCAGAUGUUGGAAAUCUCAUAUUAAAUAUAUACAGCAAAAGGUGGCGAGAAAUAUCUCUAUAUUGAAUAAAGCAAAAUAUCUUCUUGAUCAAAAAUCACUCCACACUCUGUACUGUUCCUUAGUAUUUCCAUAUCUAACGUAUUGUGUGGAGAUAUGGGGAAAUAACUACAAAAGCAAUCUUCACUCACUCACUGUACUGCAAAAAAGAUCUGUGAGGAUAAUUCAUAAUGCCAAGUAUAGAGAACAUACAAACCCUCUAUUUUUAAAAUCACAGAUAUUAAAAUUCGCAGAUUUAGUACACUUUCAAACCGCUAGAAUAAUGUAUAAAGUUAAUAAUAACUCGUUACCCAAAAAUCUAAUCAAGUAUUUCUCAAUCAGAGAGGAGAAAUAUGAUCUUAGAGGAAAAUUAAACCUAAAACAUUUAUAUGCGAGAACAACGCUGAAAACCCAUAGCAUUUCCGUGUGUGGAAUUAAAUUAUGGAACGGAUUGAGUAAAGAACUCAAACAAUGUACAGAGAUGAGCAAAUUCAAAAAACAAUACAAGCAGUUGAUGUUUGCCAAAUACAAGGCAGAAGAGUCCUGAUUGUUCUGUCAGGUUUGCUAUUUUAUUUUAUUUAUUUAUUUUUUUAUUUUCUAUUUUAUUUUAUUUUAUUUUAUUUUUUAUUUAUUUAAUUAAAUUUUAUUUGUUAUUUAUUUAUUUCUAUUUAUUUAUUUAUUUUUUUUUUAUAAUUUUCUUUGUUGUGUUUAAAAAAAAAAAAAAAAAAAAAGCUUUGUUCUUAUUUAUUUAUUUAUUAUUUAGUAUUGUCAUCAUAUUAUCAUUAUUAUGAAUGUUCUCUCUUUUUUUGGGGGGACGGUUAUCUCACCGUUAUCUAUUAUGUGUUAUCCUGACUAUCACUGAAAACAUGACAUGGAAUCCAGGAAGUGAACUACAUGUACUGUACUAGAUGUAGAAUGGAUGGGGGGUAGGAUUAAAUAAGCUUUGCUUCUUCCUACUCCUUUUGGACAUGUGGAACUGUCAAAAAAUGAUUCACGAGAUGUAUUCCAUUGUAACCUUCAUGUUCAAAUAAACUAAACCAAACCAAACCAAACCAGAUCAUCAAACAAAUUUAAAUAUUAGUCAAUGACAACACAACUGAACACAAAAUGCAGUUUUUAAAUGAACUGUAAAUGUAUUAUUAAGGGAGAAAGAAAAUCCAAACCUACAUGGCCCUGUGAGAAAAACUGAUUGACCCCCGUUAAAACAUAAUUUAACUGAGAUUAGUUGAGCAGUCUGGAAAAGGUCAUAAAGCCAUUUCUAUAGCUUUGAGACUCCAGCAAACCACAGUGAGAGCCAUUAUCCACAAAUGGCAAAAACAUGCAAUAGUGGUGAACCUUCCCAGGAAUAGCCGGCCAACCAAAAUUACCCCAAAAGCGCAGCAACGGCUCAUGCAAGAGGUCACAAAAGACCCCACAAACACAUCCAAACAACUGCAGGCCUCACUUGCCUCAGUUAAGGUCAGUGUUCAUGAAUCCACCAUAAGAAAGACACUGGGCAAAAACAACCUGUAUGGCAGAGUUCCAAGAUGAAUAAAAAGAUCAGAUAAAGGGAUAAGCUCCUGCCCCAAGUGGAGGACUACCUUGGGGUCUUGUUCACCAGUCAGGGAAGGAUGGAACGUGAGAUUGACAGGCGGGUUGGUGUGUAAUCUGCAAUAAUGCAGACUCUGCAACGGUCCUUCAUGGUGAAGAGAGAGCUGAGCCGAAAGGCAAAGCUCUCAAUUUACUAGUUUAUCUACGUUCCAACCCCACCUAUGGUCAUGAGUUUAGGGUAGUGACUGAAAGGACGAGAUAGCGGGUAUAAGCAGCCGAAAUGGGUUUCCUCCGUAGGGUGGCUGGGCUCUCGCUUAGAGAUAGGGUGAGAAGCACCGUCAUCCGGGAGAAGCUCGGAGCAGAGACGCUACUCCUCCGCAGAUGAGAGGAGCCAGAUAACGCGGUGCCACUCGGGUGCCUCUCUGUCGAGGUGUUCAGAGCACGUCAGACUCGUAGAAGGCCUCGGGGAAGACGUAGGACACGGUGGCUAGACUAUGUUUCACAGCUGGUCUGGGAACGCCUCAGGAUCCGUCGGGAGCGGCUGGGUUUUUUGUCUUAGGCCCUCGCAACCCAACUUUGGUUAAGCGGUAGAAGAUGGAUGGAUAGAUUUCGACUUUGCAAUGAAACAUCCAUCCUUUUCUUACUUAUUUCGUUCGCAUACCUGUCAACCCUCCCAUUUCCUUGGGAAAUACCGAAUUUUGCCUUUCUUUCGCCCUCCCGUUUCCAUAGUUAAUAUUUUGAACAAUAUUUUAACUUUCCUGUGCUGUUUGUGGAAAGACCAGAAUUUCCCUUAUUUACAAAUUGUUGACAGGUAUGGCUGGAGCCUAUCCCAACCGACUGCGGUUGAAAGGCAGACAACACCUAAGACUGAUCAGUCACAGGGCAAGUGUAAACAAGGAAUUGAGUGCACAACACUCAGACUCAGGGUGUACUGACCCAUCAUUACAAAAUCCAGGUUGCUAUAGCCAAAACUAUGGCCACAAAGUUGCACACAAACUGAACACUUCCUUCCAACUCUUCCUACACUGCUCUCCUGCACACUGUCCACCCGUUUGUUGUACUGCACUAUUUCAUGUAAUGUCAGGUCUUGUUCUGGCGAGUCCUUUGUGUGUCUGUACGUGGCUUGGUUAAGUGCAUGUUGCUUGUAAAA